UCUUGGCGCACACUCGCAAGCGAAAAUUGGUUGCAACAUCAUCACCUAACCCACUGCAACGACAACUCACUUUCGACAUCCCGACGACCGCACAUACCGUCAAGAUGCCGUCCCACAAGUCUUUCCGCACCAAGCAGAAGCUUGCCAAAGCUCAGAAGCAGAACCGCCCGAUCCCCCAAUGGAUCCGCCUCCGAACUGGCAACACCAUCAGGUACAACGCUAAGAGACGACACUGGCGCAAGACCCGCAUCGGCAUCUAA